AUGUAAUCUGCAUUAAUGCUGAAACCGUUUUCAAUUCAUCAUAUCCGUUGUUGCCGUCUCGCUUUCGCACUAACAUCGAUCGACCGCGUUGGAAGAGACUGGAAAUAGUCACAGAGUUGCGCUUGAAGUAGAACAUUCUUCGUAUCAGCUGACAACCAAAGCAAAACAGUCGGUGCGCGCAACCAUCUUGUCAAAAUAGGAGUCAACACACAACAAAUGUAUUUGAAAAUGUCCUAAAUCAUCAUCUGCUGAAGCAUGCAAGAGCAGGGAGUCAACGGGCAGCCGGCGCAUCACGCGCGUCGGCCCAUGAACGCCUUCCUCAUAUUCUGCAAGCGGCACCGCAGCGUCGUGCGCGACAAGUAUCCCAACUUGGAAAACAGAUCUAUAACCAAAAUACUCGGCGAAUGGUGGGCCAAUUUGGACCCGAAAGAGAAAGCUUGCUACACAGGUCUUGCUAAACAGUACAAAGACGCGUUCUUCAGCGCAAACCCUGACUUCAAAUGGUACAAGUUGCCCGCGCCGCCACUUCGCACACUGUCCUCGCGGCCGGCACGGCCGUCCAUUGAGAAACUAGAGUCCUCUAACAACGAUCACCACUAUCACGAGCUAGAAAAGACAAACAACAACUCGACUAAAUACGAUUACAACAAAAAACCCUACGACGAUGACUCCGACGCUAAAGUCAAGCCUGAACCGAUUUUCACGCCGGGCAAGUUGGCUGAUGAAGCUCACAUGGGAGGCCUGAGCAGCCUCCUCGCUACCAAGACUGAACCUCACACUCCUAACCCCUACUACUCACCUCCCACUUACAAAUUCUCGAUCUCAACCCCUAUCGAAUUCAGAUCUCAUGACCCACAAGACAGAAAAGGGCCCAAUAAAGAACAUAGCAUAAGCGAGCUUCAGAACGCUCUGUCAGAGACUACUAAAGUUUUCGAAGAAGAUUUUGAGGAAAAGGAGCGACUGUAUCGCUAUAACGACCAGUUCACGAACCAAGAUGUGAUAGAUCAAAUAGUUGAUAAGCGAUAUUCUAAAGAAGAAGACAGAAACUGGUCGGACGAUGAGAAGAAUAAAUCUGGGAGGUCGUGCAAAGGGAAAAGAUACCAGGAGUUCAUGGCCGUUGGAGGACUGAUAGUGAACAAGCGGCAGAGAAGAGACUGCCCCGAGCGAUUAUCCAAUGAGGGCUUUAACGCCUCGUGGGCUUGUGACCCGGGCUCCUCGCGUGAGGAACCCACGGUCGCCGGGGACGUCAAACUCAGCUACGUCGACCCAUGUACCGAAACCGAAAUAAAAAUUGACCAAAGCGAUGCGUGCGAACCAGACAAUAAUUGUAACAAAACAUUUAAGGCUGCCGACUUCGAUUUAGACGCAAAAAUUAGGGCAUUGCCCCCACUAAGCUUGGAGAAGUUCCAGCAGCGGAAGCGCGAAAACAAACGCAAGAAAAAGGCUGUUCACAUGAAGCCGAGGUUGCGGGAACCCAUGCAGAUUAUAAACUCUGUGCCACAGUCGUUAGCAGACGAGAGACGUGAGAUGGCCGAGAGUUGGAGGGAGAACGUCAUAGGCAGCCAGAAGAGGAAACCGAGGAAGUUUAGCAUUGCAAGGCUGGAGAUUAACAAGACGACCUCGAGCACAGAUAUGAACGGGGAUGAAGAGGUCAAGUCACCAACCGUAACUCAAAGUGAGGAAGAUCAGGCGCCCCAAGACAAUGACGUUGACAUGCUAGCAUUAGCCACGCUGGCCGAGGUGGCAUCAAACAAAUCAAGGAUAGAGGAGUUCACAGAGCCUACAGCCAAAGCGAGCGCCGACUACGCUUCCGAGUUAUAAAAUACCAUUUUAGCCUUAUUCCAAAAAUUAUUUACUUUAUAAUCAGAUAAUAUUUAUAUAUAGAUAUAUGAUAUAGAUCUACUUUUACAUUGUACGCAUAAA